UUUGUGUUUCAGAUGAAGGGUAUUCAGGAGAAGAUCACUUCUAUAUAGUGGACAGGUUUUUGAUUGGUUCUUCAUUGUCACUGGGCCAAUAUGGAGGGCAGAAUCUUGUUCCUACAGUUGCUUUUAGCUGCUCUUUGUGCUCAUCUGUGUGUUUCUGAGGUUAUAUUUGAGGAGAGGUUUGAAGAUGGUUGGGAGAGCCGAUGGGUGAAAUCAGACUGGAAAAAGAGCGAAGGAAAAGCCGGAACAUUUAAGCAUACAGCAGGAAGAUACUCAGGGGAUCCAGAUGAUAAAGGCAUUCAGACAUAUCCAGAUGCAAAGCACUACGCAAUAUCAGCAAAAAUUCCUGAAUUCAGCAAUAAGGGCAGGACAUUAGUUGUUCAGUAUUCGAUAAAGUUUGAGCAGGAAAUUGAAUGCGGUGGUGGUUAUAUUAAGCUUCUCUCUGGUUAUGUUAACCAGAAAAAGUUCGGUGGCGAUACUCCUUAUAGCUUGAUGUUCGGACCUGACCUAUGCGGUACACAAACAAAGAAGCUCCAUGCAAUAGUCUCCUACCAGGGACAAAAUUAUCCUAUCAAGAAAGAAUUGCAAUGUGAAAAUGACAAAUUAACACAUUUCUACACAUUUAUUUUGAGGCCAGAUGCUUCUUACAGUGUCCUGGUGGAUAACCGCGAAAGAGAAUCAGGAAGCAUGUAUACUGAUUGGGAUAUUCUUCCUCCUCGAAAAAUUAAAGAUGUCGAUGCGAAGAAGCCAAAGGAUUGGGAUGAGAGGGAAUAUAUCGAUGAUCCUGAUUCUGUCAAGCCCGAGGGAUAUGAUUCAAUUCCAGCUGAAAUUCCGGACCCAAAAGCUAAAAAGCCUGGUACAUGGGAUGAAGAUGAAGAUGGUAUUUGGAGACCACCAAAGGUACCGAAUCCCGCAUACAAAGGAACAUGGAAGCGUAAGAGAAUUAAGAACCCAAACUACAAAGGGAAAUGGAGAAUCCCGUGGAUUGACAACCCAGAGUUUGAAGAUGAUCCGGACCUUUAUGUGUUGAAACCUCUGAAAUAUGUGGGAAUUGAAGUGUGGCAGGUGAAAGCUGGUUCAGUUUUUGAUAAUAUCCUGAUUUGUGAUGACCCAGAGUACGCAAAGCAAGUCGUCGACGAAACUUUUGCCAAAAAUAAAGAGGCUGAGAAAGAGGCUUUUGAGGAAGCAGAGAAAGUGAGACGAGCAAAAGAAGAAGAGGAGGCUCAAAAGGCAAGGGUUGAAGGUGAAAAAAUAAAGAGAUCAAGGGACAAUGAUCGACGCCAUAGAGAUAGGGGCCAUUACAGAGACAGAUACAAAAGGCGCCGGGAUUAUAUAGAUGAUUAUGAUCAUGACGAAUUAUGAGAUCAAGCUAUUGAAAGAAGAGAAGAAGAAAAAUAUUUUGCAACUAAUUUGGCUAUUUUGAACGAUUGUACUUUAUUGCAUGUACUGUUGCCAUCAAUAAAAGAGGAGUUCAAGACUGAUUGUGUUGAGAAUAUAGUUCAUGAAUUGUGCAAAGGAGCAAGAAUCCAUAUCAUGGAAAUUUAUGAA